GCCGCCAAGAAUGAGAAUACAUGCUUUGAAAAUGGAAAUGGUUAAACACACCUUCCUGGCCGCGGGGGUAGGUUGGCAUGAGCUUCGUAAAGGAGCUCCUAUAUCAACAGCCUUUCUUGAUGAUGUGUUUUAUAUACUAAAUAAAUUGGAAGCUUAAUCGGAUGAAACAAAACUAUUGACAUUGAAAGAUGGAAAGGAACUCUGUUGACUCCAACUCUGAUCUGAUUUUACAUGUGGCUAUUGACAUUGGAGGGUACCCUAAACACAAGGGAGAAUAGAAAGUAGGGACGCCUUUCUUUGACUCUGUAUGCUUUGCUGCGAGAUUGAUGAGGUGUCUCGGGUUUGAUUUUGAGAAUCUUGUUGAAUAUAAAGAGGGUUCUCUCAUUAAGCUAGUUUACUUCUCAAAUCACAGUACUUGCACUUUUGAUACUGAUGGGGUGGGCUCAACAAAGGAAAUGCAAAUCUCAAAUGGUGACGUGAACUGCCAUUUUUUACAUGGCAGUCUCCAGUUUGUGAAGUUUGAGACAGUCAAGAUUGAUGACUGCAUAAAAUUUCUCUCAUCAAAGCAAAUUAACUUCAAUGGUGGGAAAUGUCAGGAGGCGCAUGACAGAAACAAGAAUGUCAUCAUUAAGGCCACUGGAGGAGGUGCAUUCAAGUUUGCUAAUUUAUUCAAAGAAAAGCUUGGAAUCACUCUGGACAAAGUGGAUGAGAUGGAUUGUCUUGUUGCAGGAGCAAAUUUUCUGCUUAAGGCAGUCCAGCAUGAAGCUUUUACACACAUGAGCAGUAAAAAAGAGUAUGUGCAAAUUGAUCAAAAUGAUUUAUAUCCUUAUCUGCUUGUCAAUAUUGGAUCUGGUGUUAGCAUGAUAAAGGUAGAUCGCAACCACAAGUUUGAACGAGUAAGUGGGACUAGUGUUGGAGGUGGCACCUUUUGGGGCUUGGGAAAGCUUUUGACCCAGUGCAAGAGUUUUGAUGAGUUACUGGAAUUGAGUCAUGAAGGGAAUAACAGGGUUGUAGACAUGCUUGUCGGAGACAUUUAUGGAACAGAUUAUUCGAGGAUAGGACUUGCAUCAACGGCCAUUGCUUCUAGCUUUGGAAAGGCGAUCUCAGAAAACAAAGAACUGAAUGACUACAGACCUGAAGAUAUUUCCCGCUCAUUGUUACGGAUGAUCUCCAAUAAUGUUGCACAGAUUGCUUACUUGAAUGCAUUGCGUUUUGGGCUCAAGCGGAUAUUUUUUGGAGGAUUUUUUAUACGUGGUCAUGCUUACACAAUGGAUACUAUUUCCGAGGGAGUUCACUUUUGGUCAAAGGGUGAGGCGAAGGCCUUGUUUUUUAGGCACGAAGGAUUUCUCGGCGCAUUAGGUGCUCUUAUGAACCAUGGAAGCAAAGAUAUUGCUGACUUGCUAUCCCUUCGUUUCACACAAGAACUUCCUACAAGCGUAGGUGGCACUGAAGACUCGCUUCAUAGCUCAACACUUUUUAGUGUCAAUGAAAAUUGAAUUAGAAUGCAGAUUGGUAUAUUUUACAGCUCGUUAGAUCUAUCGAAGUUUAGGUGUAUUGGCGUGCUUAUGGGUAAAAAGGUUAUUUGAAAGGUGAUUAUUAUUAGCCUCUGAAUAAUUCCUGCCUAUGUGGUAAAUUGAAAGAAAAAAACGUUGGGCAGUUAUAAUUAGGUGCGGACACUAUCCAGUUGUGGUUAGAGGUUGACUGAUUCCCUGCCUGGCGUGGACACUAAAUGGUACAGUGACUAGUACAGCAGACACUAAGGGUAUUGUAUGGGUGUACACAGUCCUGGUUUGGGCCGGUUCUGAUCUCAGACUGGCCUGUUAUGGAGGCCCAGGGCCUCCAUUUCUAGUUCCGGGGCAUCCGGGCCGGUUGUCAACAUUCGGUCCCAGUCUGGUACUGGGUUUUUAAUUUUAUUAUACAUAUUUUUAAACUCCCUAUCCCCAUCUCCCCUUCCUCAUUCUUGUUCAUCUUUUAAACGAACCUCCAAGCAUUAUAAAAUGCAUUCUAAUGGUUUUGAUUAAAAAAAAAGAAAUUAAAUAGGUCAAGACCGGAUUGGCUGGUCCCGAUCCCAUGAAAAUAGGACCUGGACUGCGGCCUCUUUCGGUCUUUCCCACCACCCUGAUCUCCGUCCCGGCCACUUGUUGAAAUUGUAUUAGUGUACAAAUUUGCCAUUUAAGGAAAUUGAACCUUCACUUUGGAUAUUUUUUACGUAGUUCAUUGCGA